AGUCACUCCACGGUGCUCAGUGCCCGCCGAGCUGCCGGCACGUUGGGUUGUGUGACAGUGCGGUGACUCGUGUGUUCCUGACUCGGACAGUGGGGGCUAGUGUGCGUUUCAAAAUCUUCCUGAUAUCGUACUGCAGUUACUGUUUGCAAGUCAGGAGGAUGAGGGCGUUGACUGUGCCGCUCUUCAUGGCGGCUCUGGCUGGGUUGUGCUGGACCUGCGCUCAGAGCGAGGUGGCACAGGGCCUGGUGACGGAGGUGGUGGUGGAGGCCGAUGUGGAGCACCGGUAUGCAGUUACUCGUGUCGCCACCAGGAUGUUCAAUCCUGACCCGGAACAGAUGCAACUACUGCUACAGAUGACUAUUCCUAAGAACGCGCUUGUCUCCUCCUUCAUCAUGGAGGUGGGCGGCGCCAACUAUACGGGGGCCGUGAGUGACAAGCUAGAGGCGCGCAGGACCUACGAGGAAGCCAACCAGCAAGGGAAGUCCGCGGGACUACUAGAGCUAAGGGACAAUGACCUCCAGAAGCUGCAGGUGCGGGCGAGCGUGGGUGGCCUUGCUGCGGUCACCUUCCACGUUACCUACGAGGAACUACUGCACCCUGUUAAUGGUUCAUUCAAGUACAUGGUGCAUCUCAAUCCGGGACAGCGAGUACCGAGGGCCUCAGUAAGGAUACGAGUGAUGGAACGCGAGGCCAUCACAACCUACAAGAUUCUAGAGUUGCCCGGCCAGGAGAUGCAGGAGCAAAACCCAGGCACAAGCGUGACGGGCGGACCAGUGAGUGACGGGGAACUACAGCUUUACUAUCGCCACGUGGACCCUCCCGUGAGUGAGGGAAGAGGAGUGGACGGUACCUUUGCCCUCACCUAUGACAUCACCAGCCACACAGACGGAGGUGAAGUGCAGCGAGUUGGUAGUUACUUCGCCCACUUCUUCUCCCCGGAACGUUUACCCAAGAUGACAACACACACCGUCUUCCUGCUCGAUGUUUCGCUCUCCAUGUAUAACGGAAAGCUCGACAGCAUGAAGGAAGCCAUGCAGACCAUACUGAGGAGCAUGCAGCCGGAGGAUACUUAUGAAAUAUUGGCGUUUUCCUCUGAAGUGGUGAGUGUGGGUACCUUCUCAGGGGAGACAGAGGAGGUGAAGAAGGCCAUCAGGAGGGUGCGGCGUCUCGUCUCCCUAGGGUACUCCAACCUGAACUCUGCUCUGCUGCAGGCGCUGAAGGCAGCCAAAACCGGAGGCGCUGAGAAUGUGGUGAAGCAGGUGAUUGUGUUUAGCGAUGGUCAUGCCACCAGCGGCGAAGUGAACCCUACCGCUAUCAGAAGCAACGUGAAGAAAGCCAACGGGAAGAAGCAUCCGAUCUUUGUGCUCAUCUUCAGCGAAAAGUCCAAGCUCCUGGAGGACAUCAGCGGGGACAGCGGGGGAUCGAUUCGAUACCUGCAGUACGGGCCAGCGACCACUGACCAGAUCACGGCUUUCUAUAAAGAAAUCGGCCAGCCUCUCAUGGCCGACGUGGCGAUCAGUUAUCCCGACGAGGAGGUGGAGGAAGGCAACGUGGUGAAAUCUGGCAUGUCUAACUACUACGCGGGGAGAGAGUUACAGAAAACCGGGGACAGCAGUAGCCGGGGACAGGUCACUGAAAUCGGGGACGUCUGGUCACCCUACUCCACACGAGCUUCCAAACAACCGUGGGCCUCGGGGUUGUGUGGUGUUUUGAGAGGACUCGGUGUUCCCGAGUUCCUCUGUACCGUCAGGGAAGAGCGUGACAGCUUGGACCUCAACGUCCUCUCCACAGUGUAUGGGAUGCUCAAUCACCCUGUGUGGAAUGCUGUCUUUCACAAGAAUCAGGCAGCCCCUCGUUGCACCUCUCUCACCGACAAGGAGGUGCACAGCAUGAAGCAAGUUUCUGUUGCUCCUGAGGCUGAAGAUGUUCCAUUGCAGGAGCUUCAACUUCCUCUCCUGGACCAUUUCUUCGUCUACUCGGUGUCGCUGUCGUUGGCCUGGGUCACGCUCCCUAGGGUCGUGAAGAACCUGCUGCAGUUCCCCAUGACACCGGCCAGUGCCCUGCCGGUGGCCCUGGGUGUGGGUCAUCCCGCAGGGAAGCCCGGUCUGCGUUCCACACCGGAGGUGCGGGUGGUCCUGCCUGAGACGCCCCUUGUGGAUCGCGUGGGAUGUUUCUUUUCUCAUAAAGAGUGGUUACUUAAAGGCAUGAAUAUUCUGCUUCAAGUUCAUAAUGUACUGUCAUACAAAAAGAGAAGCCCAGUUUAUUCCCCCUCCUUUGUCCCCGCAGUGGACCUGGACCCUCAAUUCCUGGUGCACACCCCGGGACUUGAGCUGCCGCUCUGCUUCAACUACGAAGGACGUGCUGGAGUCAGUGUGCUGCUGUUACACGACCCUCAGUCAGGUAUUGUCAUCAACGGAUACGUAGCGUCAGUACGGCAGCGGCCCAAUCUAAAGUUCUUCAGCAGCCUCUUCCUGCGUCUCGGUCCCGUGAAUCUGACUGUGACGCCCGAGUUGCUCCACGUAGAUUGUCUCGGCGACGAUGGCAUGCCUCAGGUGGACACUGUAGUCAAGUCCUUGUGGCCAUUCUACAAGCAGAACGGACGAAAGUACAAGCGCCAUACGUACAAGAGAGGCAAGGCAACGAAAAGAUCACACCAGCGAAGAAGAUUUUCUCCUAACGCUCUUCAGAACAACGAAGUCACUGUCCCAAACGUUCGCCUUCGCAGACAAUACCUCUCCACCAACCUAAACGAGUCCAAUGUACCUCAGGAAAGUCCAGGAGUGUCCCCAUUGGGCCUUAUGGAAGACAGAGUGCAUGACUGUAGCGUGAAUUCAAGCUGGGAAGAAGGCGUGGGCAGAAUUUAUGGCAACGUGAUGGUAGUGCUCAGCAAGAAGAGGAGCCUGGACAUUACAAUUGGAGAUGGCCUCGCUCACUUCACGAUCAGGCGGUCCAGGAACAAACGCGGCCAGAGAUUCUUGGGCUUCUACAUUAUGGAUCAAGAAAUCUUUUCUCCUCAGACACAUGGAAUGAUGGGCCAGUUCAUCUCUAAGAGGGUGCGCCGCCUGGCAUCCAGCAGGCCAAGCACUCUCCAAACCCGCGCCGCCACUGGAACCGCCGCCGAGACUCCCGAAAAGGUGACACUGGAGGUGGCGCGCCGUGGCCACAGGAAGAAGUCGCGGGUAUCUGGCGUGGUGGGCAGUCGGUACUCCCUCAUGGACAAGACGCGGGUGCGGUGCAUCCGGGUACACACUAAAGGCUCCGACAGUGUGCUAGAUGAGCGGCCGCGGGAUUAUGUGCGUUCGUGCCUCCAGUGCUGAGAGAGGAAAGUGCCUCAGUGAUGGAGGUUAUGAGUGAUGACUGAGUCCUGAGGGCAUAGUCGGUGCUUUUUGUGCUGACUUAUCAGAAAAUAAUUGUUCCUUGAAUCAUAAGUUCAAGAUUGACCUACAAAAUCUGAUUUAUAUUAGUUCAUUGUUUCCAGUGGUAUGUCAUCUUGAGUAUGGAUUUACUCCCGUAAUGAAUGUGAACGCAUUGACUCGUUAGGAAAGGACCAAGUUUUAUCCGAUGACAUGUUACUGUUGAUGUUUGUAGGCUUUCCUUUAUUCGGCUGAAAGUAUCAUCAAAUUGACCUGCGAGUAUUUCAUGCAUUUACUACAUAUUAGCUCAAUGCGGUGUGCCACUGUUGCCAAUAAGAAGUGUUCAUGUGUGUAGCAUUUUAGCCAGUGCCACUAAUGAUACUGGGUUUAUCGAGAGUAUUAGUUACAGUAAUGAUCACUCAUAUAGCCUUACUAUGCGCGAGUGCUUCGCUACUCCACUUGCGGUGACUCGCUCCUGGUGUCAUGCAACAUUCCUUGAAAGAGAGAGAGAGAGAGAGAGAGAGAGAGA